GUGCCUUAUCUGCAUCAUAUAACCAUAAUAUGACACGUAUUCCUAGUAGGUGGAUAGGGCUUUCACAGCAGGUAAGGCAGAGCUGCGUCUGUCAUUCCCCCCUGCAGCUCCGCUUGCUAUGACAAUCAUUGAUUUUUAGCCAUUUGCAGUAACCGGCUUUCCCCUCUAAACGGGAAACUACUGAGGUGAUUGACAGUUAGGCUGUUUGCUUUGACCUGGCCUUGUUGACUAAUAAUGAAGCUUUGCGAAGCCAUGAUGGAUAUGGAAAUGCCAGACUACACAGAAACCCUGGACUCCUCAUACACCAUGCUGGAAUUUGACAAUAUUCGGGUUUUACCAACUAGUGCCGAGAUUAUUUCUGUAGAAGCGGCCAGUGCUGGUUUGCUUGGCAAUGGCUUAAAUGCUUUGUGUGCCAUUUGUGGAGAUCGAGCAACAGGAAAACACUACGGAGCGUCGAGCUGUGAUGGCUGUAAAGGGUUCUUCCGUAGAAGCGUUCGCAAGAAUCACGUGUACACAUGCCGGUUCAACAGACAGUGCAUUGUAGACAAAGACAAGAGAAACCAGUGUCGCUACUGUCGCCUGCGGAAGUGUUUCCGGGCAGGGAUGAAGAAAGAAGCGGUGCAGAAUGAACGCGAUCGUAUCAGUAUGCGCAGGAGCAGCUAUGAAGAAAAUGGUUCCCUAUCGAUUAGCAUUCUGACCCAGGCUGAAUCAAUGGUACAUCAGUUCACUUCGCUUAGUCCACUUCAUGGAGCUGACAUUGCAAUGAAGAAAAUAGCCACCAUCAGUGAUGUGUGUGAGUCGAUGAAGCAGCAGCUCCUCCUGCUGGUAGAAUGGGCAAAAUACAUCCCAGCCUUCUGUGAACUUCUCCUGGACGAUCAGGUUGCCCUGCUGCGGGCACAUGCCGGGGCCCAUCUCCUCCUGGGAGUUGCCAAACGCUCUCUGCCUUACAAAGAUUUUCUGUUACUGGGUAAUGAUUUUAUUAUCCCCAUGCAUUGCCCAGAACUUGAAAUUGCUCGUGUUGCCACCAGGAUUUUGGAUGAGUUGGUGAAACCUUUGUGCGAUAUUCAGAUAGAUGACAAUGAAUAUGCCUGCCUGAAAGCCAUUAUAUUCUUCGAUCCCGAUUGUAAAGGCCUGAGUGAGCAGUCCAAAGUAAAGAACAUGCGGUUCCAGGUUCAGGUAAAUCUGGAGGAUUAUAUUAACGACAGGCAGUACGAUUCCAGAGGAAGGUUCAGCGACAUCCUUCUCCUCCUGCCGCCUCUUCAGAGCAUCACUUGGCAGAUGAUCGAGCAAGUUCAAUUCGCUAAACUCUUUGGCGUUGCCAGGGUUGAUAGUUUACUGCAGGAAAUGCUUUUGGGAGGAUCUGCAAUGGAAGGACAGUAUAUGCAUUCAGGAAACUCCAGCUUGAGCCUUGAAUUAAUACCAGGACACACCAUUCACCCCAUCAACCUUCACUCUGUUAUACAUUCCGUUUCAUCCUCUUCUCCAGAAACGGCUCUUCCGUCACCUCCUGUCAGCUCCAGCAAUGAAGAAUAUAAGUUUAAUGCUGCCACAGGACCCUCCAUGCCACUGCUGCCCCGCACAGUCAUUGCUAAAAAGGAGGUAUUAUAGACAAUGUUUUUGGCUUGAAAGAAUGGAAAACUCGAACUCUUAUUGCACGAUUGCAGCUCUGUGACACAGAGGAUCAUUUGUACUUAUACCAGACGUGUGUGACAAAACUCAGGGGGAAAAAAAAUCACUAAAAGAAUCUAAAACAUUCCUUCUGCCAAAACUCCCUAUACAUCUUCCCACCUUUCAGUGUUAAAUCAUGCAAGCUUGUAAUUGGUAAAUGUGUGAGUGAUAAGGCCAUCUUCAGGUAUGCAGUGCUAGAGAUCUCACCAACCGUUACAUCCCUGCCUGAGGAAACCACUUCAAAGAACUACUAACAAUCCAGUGUUCUACAAUAUCCAGCAUGGUUAUUGCAUUGUAUAAUGGACUGGAUGUUACGGGGAUCACAAGCCAGAAACCAUUUCAUACUUUCUGGACCCUGUGUUUUAUUUCUUUUGUAUCAGACAGCAGUGGUCAUGAGGCCGUAAUGUGACAUUUGUUUAUUCUAGUUUUUGCUUCUUAUAAAGAUUAGAAUGUUUAGACCUUUGUACUGUUAAUCUUUUAGGUCAAACACACAUCUCCCAUUUCAGUAAUUAAUGAAAACACAAACAAUUGGUUUACCCUGUCAAAAACCAAUAUAAAUAUGGGAUUUCAAUCAUUUAAAUCAUGUAACUGACCCACAGCUUCACUGGUGGACUCCAUGUCUUGUAGCCUGGAGUAUUACCAUGUCCAAACCUGUGCAUGUUCAGGUGUAUAGAUUAUGACCCUGUAGUCUAACUACUAAAUGACAGAAUUGAGCAGUGAAACUGUUUUGUUUAUGGAGCCCUAGUCACACCUCUCAUGGCUGUGAACGAUGCAGCCAACAUAUAAGAAAGAAAAAUAGUUGUUUUGGAUCGAUCUUACUUUUAUUGAACUUUAAUCACACACAGGUGGUUCCUGCAGGACCUUGGAGGCUAUUAACAGAACCAGAGCCAAGAAAGUCUAAAUUAGACUGUGCUAUAAAGGAAUUGUAAACAUUAGAUUACUCUUUACAGGAAGUGUUUAGGAAGGCUGUGUAAGUCACAUGCAGGGAGGUGUGGCUAGGGCUGCAUAAAUACAGUGAUUUAACUCUUAAAUAACAGAGAUUGCAGGGGAAUGACCCAUACACCAAAACAGCUU